CAGCCCUGACCCCGCCCCGCGCCCACCCGCUCGGCGCGCAUUGGUGCCGCGGGCUGUCAGUCCUCGCGCUUUGGGGAGGGGGCGCCGCCCGGCUGCGGUCCCUCUGCAGAGGACUGCUCGCUCCGGGUGCGACCGUGGCUUCUGGGUUGCCUGGGUGCCGGGCCCCGCGACCGCCCCCCAACCUGGGCAGCAGGGACCCCAGUGCCCUCGGCUGAUCUUUAAAUAAAACAAAGAUCUACCAAGUAAAGGGCUUUCAUGAAGAAAUUAAAGAGAGAAAUUACAAGUAGUAGAGAAACCAGGCAUUUGUAUGCUGGAGAAACCACCUCAAACAACUGUAUGGAGUAAGAUGAAAGGAGUGAAUAUAUCUGGAAGAUAUUUUCCUUAGUAUGAUAUUUUUGCCCAUCUUUUUGUCAUAAACGGCUACCAAAGAAGCAAGAAUAUCAUUUACCAGAGAAAGAAAGAGAGUAAUGUAAAAAUGGAGACCACAGUUUCUGAAAUUCAAGUAGAAAGCAAAGAUGAGAAGAGAUCAGCAGAAGUCAGUCCUCAGAAUGAGAGGCAGGAGGAAAAAGCAUCAAUGCUUUGCUUCAAGAGAAGAAAGAAAUCAGCCAAAGCAACGAAGCCCAAAGCUGGCUCUGAAGCUGCUAAUGUGACAAGGACAUGCCCACCAGAAGCAAGAGCUUCUGAUCAGCCACAACCCCCAGGGCGGGCCUGGGCCUCCCUCAAACGACUUGUAACUCGCAGAAAAAGGUCAGAUUCUUCAAAGCAGCAAAAGCCCUUUGAGGCUAAAGUACAAACUGAAAUCAAUACUGAGGAUGCUGAUCUUUCUAAGAAAAAGGCAAAAUCCAGACUUAAGAUUCCCUGCAUAAAAUUCUCAAAGGGAGAGAAAAGACGUAAUCAUUCCAAAAUUAUAGAAGAUGCAGACUGCAGCGUCAAAGUUCAGGGAGAGGCUGAAAGGUUGGAUACAAAAACGAUGACCCAAUCAGACGACCAGGCAACAAAGACCAAGUCCACCCAGGAUGUAAGUGGAGGUGUCUCACAGAAAGAGGGUGAUGAGGUCUGUGAAUCAAAUGUGAGCAACAGUAUAACUUCUCCUGGAGAGAAAGUGAUUUCAGUAGAACUUGGGUUAGAUCCAGAGCAUUCUGCUAUUCAAACAGGAACUCUAAUCCUUGAAAAAGGUAUUGAAAACAUUGAGGAAAAACAAAGUGUCCAACCCCAGCAAGCAAGCCCACUUGAAACUUCAGAAACAGAACAUCAACUACCAGUGGUUUCUGAUGCUCCUCCUUCACCUGCAAUCUCAGAUCAACAAAUUGUGGAAGAAGCCAGAAACAGUAUCCUAGAAAGUGAACCAAAUUGGAAAGACUAUGAAAGUGGAGAGACUGUAGAUGAGGAGAGUAAGCCAAAAAAUACUGAAUUGAGUCAGGAAUCAGAUUUUAAAGAAAUUGAGAUCAGUGCAGAGAAACCCAUACCAGAAGAAAGCAAAAGAAUGGAGCCAAUUGCUAUUAUUAUUACAGACACUGAAAUCAGUGAAUUUGAUGUUAAGAAAUCUAAAAAUGUCCCGAAGCAAUUCUUAAUUUCAAUUGAAAAUGAGCAAGUCGGGGUUUUUGCUAAUGAUAGUGGUUUUGAGGGUAGAACUUCAGAACAAUAUGAAACACUUUUAAUAGAAACAGCUUCUUCUCUUGUCAAGAAUGCUAUCCAGUUGUCUAUAGAACAGUUAGUUAAUGAAAUGGCCUCUGAUGAUAAUAAAAUAAACAAUCUUCUACAGUGACUUAAUUUCCAGAUCAUAGGAAAGAGAAACAAAUGUUUAAAAAUGAACUAUCUUACAUACUUGUGACAUUUCUUAUUCAGUAACAAAUGAGAGAUUUUCAUCUGUGGAAUUUAAAGGUACAAUUCCAGCCCAGAUGUGCUAAAGAAUCAAGUUUAUAAAACCAUUCCUACCACUAAAAUGCAGUCACUUCUGGAUUGGAAAAAGUCAGUACAGAUUGCAAUGCAAAGUGACAUACAAGGAGUUGCUAAAAUGGCAUGUGAAGAUUGGGGUGCCUGGGAGAAGGAAGAUGUAUUUUUUGAGCACUUACAGUAUGCCAUGAUCUCUUUAAUAUCCUCUGUCAGAAAGUCUAGUUUCCUUUUGAUAGUUCAACGUGGUGUAUAGGUUAUCAUUGCAUUUGGUUUUCAAAAAAAAAUUUUUUGUUACAGUGCACAUUUAUGCUGUUUAAAAUGGUGCAUAAGGUGAGCUUUUUUGUGUGAAUGUGAUUUAUAGUUGUUACACUCCUAGGCAAGUAGUCUUACCUCAGAAAGAAAGAAAUAUAUUGCAUUUCCCCAAUUUCAGCAGAAAAUGCAUGUUUGAAUUAAAUAUGGGUGUUUUCUAGUCUUGCUCAAGUCCCUUACAAAAGCCAUUGUCAAAUUACUUCAAACAGGCAAACAAUCAAGUGCAAAGCUGUGGAAACGGAGUACAUUUUCCCUCUUCAUCUUUCUUUUGCCUCCCAAAAACCUGUAUAAAUCUAUUUCUUCACGUGAUCAUCUGCUGAAAAGAUUUUUAAAAAGCAACAGAAACAAAAAGGUGGAAUAUUUUCCAUCCAGGAGAAGGCAAACUUCCCAAGUAACAAGUUAUCACAGAUAACAUGGGCUUGUCUUGCAGGAUUACUUCUUUAGAGACCAUAUUCAUCAACUCUUCUCCAAGUGAGAAGAGUGGAUUCAAAGCCAACCUGGCAGUAGAAGUCCUAAGGGGUUCACAUAAUAAUUUAGUGAAAAUAUUAUUCAUUCUUGACCGAGAAUGAGCCAAGUACAAGGUUGAGUAGAAAGUGAAAAGUUAUUGCUAACAUUUAAAGUUGUAUUUUAAAUGUCAGUAUUCUUUCAUUGUGCCUAUGUGUGAGAGACACUAUAAUAAAUCAUUUUACAUUGAAAAUUAACUUUUUCAAAUUAGUUUUUUCAAUCCAGCUAAUUAUCCCUUAUCAAAAAAUGAACUUAAUAUAACAAGAAGGGCUUAUUUGUAUUUUAUCCAGUUAUUUAAGUAAUCAACCUCAUCAAUGAUUGCUGUAUUUUUUGAAAAAGUGAUUCUAUUUCAAUCUUUUCUUGUGGCCAUAAUACUAUAUAACACACUCCCCUACCUCACAGGUUAGGGCUCAUAUUGUAUAGUUCCCCAGUGUCAAACUGAGUGACAGCAUUACUCUGAAAGUAGAUGAAGUAAUGAAGAGCUUUCACUUGAGUUGUAAGGUAUUUGUUAAAGAGUAAUUUGUACAUUCUUAGAGAAAAGAAUGUACAUUAGAUGUUUUUAAAUGAUCUGGUGGCUUCUUGAAUUAUUUAUGGAUUGCAGAUAAAAAGUAUGUGCUAAUUUGUCCUGUAGAAUCUUCUUUGUUUAAAUACAUAUUGACACUGCUGGCAGAAGAACCUAAUCUGACUUUGGAACUGAACUAAAUAAAGAUAUUAUUAGCAAGAUUCUUUGCUGAAGUGCAAAAGUAUUCUCCCAGAUUUUCCUACUUUCAUGCUUAGAACCUUGGGGAGAGGGAAACCCACUAAAAUCCUUCAAUUUAGCAAGAUGAAAAGUGGAUCUUUCAAAAUACAUGACCCAAGAAAUCAAUUUCUUUUAGUUUAUAACUUUUAAACAAACAAAAAUACUGCUAAGUCAUCUUUUCUAAAAGUACUCUUUUUAAUUCACUAUAUGUGGUGCUAAUGGACCUGGAUAGCAACCAGCAAACAUAUUUAAAAGUGAAUAAUUUAAAAAACCUGAUUAAAAUUUAUGCAUUUUACAGUGUUCUGAAAAAUCCUGCCUUCAUUUACUGCAGGGAUAGCUCAAGCCAAUAUACAUGCCCUGUCAGUUUUUAGUAAUCUCUUAUGAAUCAGAAAAAAUUAUAGCACUUAACAGUUAUUAAAAAAUAUUUUCAAAGGUUUAGGCAUAUUUAUUUCGAAGUUUUAAAAACAGAUACUAGGUAAAUAUGUGUAAUGACUUUUUAUUUGUUAAAGCAGUUUAUCUAGUCCUAGGUUUCUUUUUCCCCCUCACUAUGGUUCGAUAUAUAUUUUUGGUUAGAAUGUAUUAUAAUUUAUUGUUUUUGUGAUGAGAUGUAUACUCUAUUUGCAUUCAUUCUUAGGUGGUUUCUUCUCAACCUUUUCUAUUGAAACUAUCUGGUGAAUUAAAUAAGUAGGAUUCCAGUUUGAAAAAGGAAUCCAGAAAUUAGUGUUUCGAUAUGAUUAUAUCUUUCUAAUGGUUAAAUCCUACUACAGUGAAUUCUCAGGUGAUCCAUAUUCCUUUGUUGUUAUAGAAAUAAUUAGGAAUCAGAUGACUUAGAAGUCUCUCAUUAAAUUUUUAUUAUAAUGGUAUUUAUUUUAAGCAAUUUGAUUUUAUAUGCAAGAUAUUAAAUGAAUAUAAAUAGGUUCUCAUUCAAUUCACAUCUAUUUAACAAUAUUAAAAUGAUCAUUUAAAAGGCAACUUAAUAAUACCACAUUUUCAUUUAAAUUUACUGUGGUAUAAAAACUGCUUUUAGUGAACAUUUAUUAAACAGUAGAGAUUCGGUUUCUCUUUGAACUGAGUGUUUUACAAGGCUGGUUGGUUUAUCAGAUACUUCUUCAUUUUUCAGGGUAUUAUCUCCCCCCCUUUUAAGAGUCAAGUAUUAUUCACUUCGCUUUACAACCCGGCGUAUAUUAAAAUCCUCCACUAUUUUCUGUACCAUUAUUCACUUAACGAUUUUCUCAAAGUACUUUAUAGGAUAUAAAAAUAGUACCCAGUAACAUUUAGGUAAAGGGUGCAGAAAACAAAAGAACUUUGAAACAGAAAUUAAGUUCUCUGCCACCUCCUCCACUUCAAAGAAUAAUAAGCAUGUGGCAAAAAUGUAGUUCUUCAGAAAAGCUGUCUGCAUAAUUUUCCUUCAAAGAAAUCUAUUUGACAGCACAAAGUCUGUAACGAUCUUAAUUGGUCUACUAUUUAGUGGAGUCUUAAAAACUCUAUGAUUUAUUUCUGAGAUUGUUUUUUCACUAGUGUGUGUGAAUAGCCUUCUUGCUAAAGGUUUUUCAAGAUAUGGGUCAUGAGAGGGUACCAAUCAAACCUGGCUUCUGCAUGCAAUUCUAAGUUAACUUUGUAAUUUCUAACUUCUAGUUGUCUUAUUUUUUAUAGUUUAGAAUUUUUUUCCCAAGGAUUUACAGCAGCAUUUAAAAAAAUAAUUGUUAAGCUUUAAAAUCCCAUCGUUUGAAAAGAUCCUUUUAAUGUCAACUUUAUUCUACUAUGUAAAGUCUACUUUCUAAUUUCAUCUGACACUGAAUAUAUCAGGGGUUAACUUUUCUGCCUGUCGUUUCUGCAUUUAAAAAAUCCUCAUUUUAAGGGUUAGAUUUCUUUAGAUUCAAAUUCCUAUAAUGUCUUAUUGUGUAACAUGAAGUUUCUUAUUUUACAGAAUUCAAAAUUUCAAUAUGUAGUACAUUUUAUGGUACAUUUUUAAAAAUAAUUUUUGUAAUGAUACUUAUAAAAAUUUAACAGAAGGAAGCUACAUAAAAUUUAGAUGAAAUUCAAUUUGAUUCAACAUGUGUAAGGUAUAAAACACAUGCCAAACACUGUUUGAUAAAGGGGACAGGCUCCCUGCCCUCCAAGAACUCAGCCUAGUGAGCAGCAGCAAUAGGCACUGGGACAGGGGUUAAGGCAAAGAGCCAUAGGUAAUGCAACAUCAUGAGUACCACAGAGGAGAGAAUAAGGAGAAAAUGAUUAAUUUUAUCUGGUGUGGGGAGGUGGUCAUAUAAAUACAGGGGCAGUUUGAAAGCAUUCAGCUUCUAAAUAGUUAAACAGUAUAUUCCUUCUGGUUUAUGAACAGGUGCAGAAAAAAGCCUGCAUAAUGUUACAUAUUUAUAGUCGUUCUUUGUCUGUAAAAUGUUAAGUGGAUGAGCUAUUAUGAAAGUAAAAGUUCCAUUUUGUGUUUCUCAUUAAAAUUAGUACUAUAUUACUGUGGAUCAGAUGCUAAUAUUAAAAAAAUAAUACUCUGUAGAAAAAGUUUUCAACCUGAAUUAAUACAUGUACUGACUGUUAAUACAGAAUAAAUGUUAUAUUGGCUCAUGUUUACUUGAUUUACCCAAUCUUUUAAUAGAAACAUGGUAUAUUACUUUCAUUUCCUAAAACUAUAAAGAUCACACUGACCUAACUACGGAGUUAGCACUACCUAAAAUUCUACUGCUGAUUGAUUGGGUGUGUAAGAGACUUCACAGUGACGUGCCUUUUAAAAGAGUCACCUUCAGCAAAGAGAAACACAAAUAUCUAGACCUUGAAUUCAAUUUCAUUGAACUAAUUUCACAUAAAGAACAAUUCUGAUGCCUUCUAUGAAUUUGACAGAGGUGCACUUGUUUUCCUUAUCUCUUGCUAUACUCAUUAGUUGCCUUGUCUACAUUAAACUAUGAAUUGUUAA